CCAGCCGCUGCCUCCGCUGCCGGGAUCCGCCUCCGAGGGCGCGGGGAGGAGGCGGGCCGCCCGCCGGGGCGCCCGCUGGAGGGUCCCGAAGAAGUUUGUUGGCCCGGAACCCAGCCCGCCGCCACCGCAGGCUCGCUGGCUCAUCCCAAAGCCAGAGCUGCUCUACAUCGGCGACCGAGGAACGCAGCAAGCAGGCGAAUCCGUGGCCCCUGGUCCACGUGGUUUGGAGACACAAUGACACGUGGCAGCUCUUGGAAACUCUGGCUCUGGGCAGCCCUGCUGCUGCUUCCUGCUUCCGCUUCUGUGACGGUCAGGGACAAGACAGAAAAGCAAUGUCCUCUACUGAGAACAGAGGGACAUCAGUUUACAGAAGACAACAGAGACAAACUGGAAGUUUCAGGUUUCGACCUAGGUGAGAGCUUCUCUCUGAGACGUGUGUUUUGUGAAGGUGAUAAAACCUGCUUCAAAUUGGGAAGUUCGCUUCUUAUUAGAGACACCAUGAAGAUAUUUCCCAAAGGUCUUCCUGAGGAGUUUGCCAUAGCAGCCACGUUUCGGGUACGAAGAAGCACCAAAAAGGAACGGUGGUUUCUGUGGCAGGUUUUAAACCAGCAGAAUGUGCCACAGGUUUCUGUAGUCGUGGAUGGUGGAAAGAAGGUGAUAGAAUUUAUGUUCCAAGCUACCGAGGGAGACGUGUUGAACUACGUUUUUAAAACUCGAGAACUCCGUCCUUUGUUCGAUCGUCAGUGGCAUAAACUUGGCAUCGGUGUACAAGCCCAGGGCAUUUCACUCUACGUGGACUGCAACUUAGUUGCCAGCCGGCAUACUGACAUAAAGGAUGCUGUGGACUUUCGUGGAAGGACUGUCAUUGUGGCCCGAGCUGCGGAUGGCAAACCUGUGGAUGUUGAACUUCACCAGCUUAAAAUCUACUGUAACUCAGACAUCAUCGCCCAAGAAUCAUGUUGCGAGAUCUCAGACACUAAGUGCCCAGAGCAGGAUGGCUUUGGACGUCCUGCGUCAUCACCAUCAGUACCCGCUCAUGCCAGUAGAAUGUCUGCAUAUCUGCCAGCCAAGCAGGACCUCACAGACCAGUGCCAGUGCAUCCCCAGCAAGGGAGAAGCAGGAUUACCGGGAGCUCCGGGCUCACCUGGCCAGAAAGGGGACAAAGGAGAACAGGGUGAAAAUGGUCCACGUGGAGCUCCAGGCUUACCUGGUCAAAAGGGAGAGCAAGGUUUUGAAGGCAGCAAAGGAGAAAUUGGUGAAAAGGGUGAACAAGGAGAAAAGGGAGAUCCAGGUUUGGCCGGUGUUAAUGGACAAGAUGGUUUGAAAGGUGACUUGGGUCCUCGCGGUCCACCUGGCCCAAAAGGAGAAAAGGGAGAUAUGGGCCCUCCAGGACCACCAGCCUUCACUGGUUCCAUGGGGAUACAAGGCCCCCAAGGUCCACCUGGAAAAGAGGGUCAGAGGGGAAGACGGGGGAAAACAGGUCCUCCAGGAAAACCGGGACCUCCAGGACCACCUGGACCUCCUGGAAUACAAGGAUUACAACAGACUCUUGGCGAAUAUUAUCUCAAGGGAAACCUUGGUGAGCAUGGAGCUGGUGGCCCAAAAGGAGAGAAGGGUGAAACUGGACCACCAGGAUUUCCAGGAUCCAUUGGCCCUAAAGGUGAAAAAGGAGAAUCUGGGGAACCCUUUACCAAAGGUGAAAAGGGAGACAGAGGAGAACCUGGUAUAACAGGAUCACAGGGAAUAAAGGGCGAGCCUGGAGAUCCCGGUCCUCCCGGUACAAUAGGAAGCCCAGGACUAAAGGGUCAUCAAGGACCUGCAGGCCCUAUGGGACCCAGAGGACCACCAGGAAAUAUUGGAUUGCCAGGAGAACACGGUAUCCCAGGAAAACAAGGCACUAAAGGAGAAAAGGGAGAUCCAGGUGGGAUCAUAGGCCCUCCUGGACUUCCAGGUCCAAAAGGUGAUGCUGGUCCUUCAGGAAAAAGCCUGCCUGGGGAACCAGGAUUAGAUGGAAAUCCUGGAGCACCUGGUCCACGAGGGCCAAAGGGGGAAAGAGGACUGCCAGGUGUCCACGGUUCCCCAGGUGACAAAGGCCCCCCAGGGAUAGGAAUUCCUGGCCGGACGGGCUCCCAAGGACCGGCUGGAAAGCCAGGCAUUCAGGGUCCUCGAGGUCUCCCUGGGUUGCCAGGAACUCCAGGGACCCCAGGGAAUGAUGGAGCUCCAGGAAGAGAUGGAAAGCCAGGUCCACCAGGCCCCCCAGGUGACCCGAUUGCACUUCCUCUCUUGGGAGACAUCGGGGCCUUGUUCAAGAACUUCUGUGGCAACUGCCAAGCCAGUGUCCCUGGGCUGAAAAGCAACAAAGGAGAAGAUGCAGGCACUGGUGAGCCUGGAAAGUUCGAUUCUGUAGCCCACAAGGGUGAUACAGGGCCACGGGGUCCUCCAGGAAUCCCAGGCAGAGAGGGACCAAAGGGGAGCAAAGGAGAGCGCGGCUACCCCGGGAUCCCUGGGGAGAAAGGCGAUGAGGGCCUUCAAGGAAUUCCAGGCGUCCCAGGUGCCCCUGGCCCAACUGGACCCCCUGGCUUAUUGGGAAGAACUGGGCUUCCUGGUCCCAUGGGAACAAAGGGUGACAAGGGCAGCGAGGGACCCCCCGGGAGACCCGGACCACCUGGACCACCUGGUGUACCAUUCAAUGAAGGGAAUGGAAUGAGCAGUUUAUAUAAAAUCCAGGGAGGUGUGACUGUUCCCAGUUACCCAGGGCCCCCCGGACCCCCUGGCCCAAAAGGCGAUCCCGGUCCAGUGGGAGAACCUGGUGCGAUGGGGUUGCCAGGACUGGAAGGAUUUCCAGGCAUAAAGGGAGACCGAGGCCCAGCAGGUCCCCCAGGGAUGGCCGGGAUAUCGGGAAAACCUGGAGCCCCAGGGCCUCCAGGAAUUCCAGGAGAACCGGGGGAAAGAGGGCCUGUUGGAGACGUAGGUUUCCCUGGACCCGAAGGACCCGAAGGAAAGCCCGGAAUAAAUGGAAAAGAUGGAUUACCAGGUGCACAGGGCAUCAUGGGUAAACCUGGAGAGAGAGGCCCCAAAGGAGAACGGGGUGAUCAGGGAAUUCCAGGAGACAGAGGCCCACAAGGUGAACGAGGGAAGCCAGGCCUUCAAGGCAUGAAGGGGACCAUAGGUCCUGUGGGGCCCCCAGGAAACAAGGGCUCCGUGGGACCCCCCGGGCACCAAGGCCCUCCGGGCCACCCAGGCCUGCCCGGCUCUCCGGCUGAUGUGGUUUCAUUUGAAGAAAUAAAGAAGUACAUUAAUCAAGAGGUUCUGAGGAUUUUUGAAGAGAGGAUGGCUGUGUUCCUGUCCCAGCUCAAGCUACCAGCAGCAAUGUUGGCUGCCCAGGCCCAUGGGAGGCCUGGUCCGCCAGGAAAGGAUGGGUUACCUGGGCCACCAGGAGACCCUGGCCCUCAAGGCUACCGAGGACAGAAGGGAGAAAGAGGGGAGCCUGGAAUUGGGCUUCCGGGGAGUCCGGGUCUUCCUGGGACUUCAGCUCCGGGCUUGCCUGGCUCACCAGGUGCUCCAGGGCCCCAGGGCCCCCCGGGCCCCAGUGGAAGUUGUAACCCCGAGGACUGCCUCUAUCCUGUCUCUCAUGCCCGUCAGCGGACAAGUGGGAAGUAAACGCUCCUGCGGACGACUGGAUUCCUGCUCGUCUCUCCUUGCAGCUGGCGCUUUCUUAAUACUAUCAAACCCACGUGAUGUGGGGGUGACUUUUUUUUUUUUUUUGUAAGCCAGACAUUAAAAGCAAAAAUUGGAAUCCUAUUCCUAUAGUAAUUGCGAUAUCAGCAUUUUUAGAAUUUUUCCAAAUUCAUUCCAUCUGUUUUGCUUCACCUUCAUUAUGAUUUUUAUUCAGGGUUUUCUAUGAAAUAUGCAAGCAGAUCUUGAUCCUUGGGUCUUCUUCAAGAGGAAAUGACAGCUUGUGGUUUAGGAGAUGGAUGGUGAUGUACGUUUCGUCGCCUCAUCGACUUGUAUUUGGCCUUUGAUUUCUGAAUUUUAAAGUUUCAGACUUAUCUUAAGGUUUUCUUGGUGUUUAAAUUUACUAUCAUUGCUAAAAAUUUUAUCAACUUUUUUUUUUGAUAUAGUCCAUUGUUCCUGCUGAAUGUUUUGGACUACUUUUUUAUAGCUUAAGAAUUCUUAUACCAUCCUAUAUCCACUCGACUUAUGCAGAGAAAUAAAUAGGCAAUAAGAACUUUACUUCAUAACUUAUAUUUUUGGGGAAAAAAAACCCAAGUGACUGUUUUAUCAGGGAGCCCCAAACCCUACCAUAGCCAACUACUGAAAUGAUUUUGUUAAUUCUGUGUAAGGAGGUCGAUUCGAAGCAAUUCCACUGGCAUGAAUACAUUCUGCAUAAGAAAGGAGAACAGAGUCAAAGCCCAGCCCUGCGGUCCCCUCACCGAGUUUCUCACCCGGGAAACAGAAAGCUGCCUUCCCUAAGAGGUGUUUUGUGGUGAGGGCACCAAACCGUCUUUGGCCCUUUUGAAGCUUAAAGUGUCCAACAAGUCUUUGGGCCGCUGUGUCCAUUACUCUGACCUAAUCGCUCCCAGAGUUUAAGAACCAGCCAUCGGAACAAAGGAUGGGACUUGCAGCGACUGGAAAAGAAACGCCCUUGUUCUAGUGGGUGGUGUCAGUGGAUGCGCAUCCACAAGCUGCAGCAGGAGGUGCAGGGCAGUGAAGGAGAGCCAUGGGGCCGAAUGUGCAACCUGCUCCGAGCCCAGAGGGUCCUCGUGCCCUGCAGGGGAAGCAGGCGCUGCCAGACCACAUCCUCUGACCGAGACCAGAAAUGGGUGAUCGCCAACCAAACAGCUAAACGGUACCCAUGUUGCCUGGCUGGACAUUAUUUUGAGAAACUGUUGAGAACAACUGAUUUUCUAGAACCCUGGGCCUGAGGAUGUUGCUGAAAUCUAAGUGGUGGGUCCCACGGAUGCUGAGAGCCCUCCUGCCGCCGCAUCCCGGGGCCACGCCUCUCCCGGGAGCAACACAGAUGCCAACGGGGCUAAAGCCGCCGGGAUGGUUGCUUUUAUCUCUUAACUGAAACGUGGGUUUAAAAGGCAAGCCCUGAAAUUGGGAAAAUUUGUUCAAAUGCACCCUUGGUUUGAGCUGAUUUUCAUUGUAGAUGGACGAACUGCUGGUCGGUGACUUUCUACAUGGCUGUGUCGUAUAAUACAAGCUUUUCUUCAUUUCGUGUUGAACGAUGCUGUAUAUUUCAAUUCCAAGUUUAUUUAUUCUCUUUUCCAAGGUCAUUUUAUUUAUUUCAAGUGUUUUUAACUUUAAAUUUAUUUUCUUCUUAAUUUUAUUUCUUGUGCAAUACCUUCAAUGGUGCUGUGUUUUAGACUUACACAAUCAGAAUAUAAAUAUGCAUUUUCUUAGUAAAAUGAUCAUCUAUCCCCCCAAAAAUGUACAGUGAUCUAAAAUCUGGUGCUAUGUGUAUAUCUUGAACUUUUCAUCUGUUGAACUUUAAUUUGUUGAAUUUUCUGAAAGCUUACAACACAUCUGCCACUCAUUAAUUUACUUGAAUUUGCCGUAAAGCUAAACAUUUCAUGUUUUCAAAGGUUACUUUUUCAUAUUAAUUGUUUGUUUAUCCUUUGGCCUUUUUGCUAAUCCAGAAGUAUUUAUUUUAGCAUUUUAAUGUUUUCAUGAACUAUUCUUUGCUCAUGGUGAUGGAUGCAUUUUUGUUUUCUUUGAAUCGAUCCCUUCACAUAUGUAAGAAAGCUUAAUUCAGUUUCUUGUUUUAUAAAAUUCUGUUCAUUUUAAUUCCAGAGGAUAAGGCAUGUAUCCUUUCUUACAAAUUACAUAUUUAGGAACUUUUCUUUUUCUAAAUUGCACUUGUGCUGGGCCGGUUUAUUCCAGUUUCGAGAAUUUGAAUUUAUUCUGGUGAUUUGAGGAGCGGGGACAUAGACUGCUAUACGGUGCGUUUCAAAGUAGAGCUGCCACCGUGAUUCAAGCUCUUUUUCUUACAACUGACACGUGUGACUCCAUCUACCUUGGGCGUAACCAGAGGAAUGGAGCUGUGUCGCCUGGAGCAUCUCCGCUCAGCCUCCUGUAUAUUCACCAGCCCCACCUCUGGACACAUGGCAUGCAGCAAAGAGCACCAGGAAAGCCUCGCCCAGCUGAUACCACCCCAGAUAAAGUGGAGAUCUGGCAGUUGCCUAAUUCUUUUAACAAAAAGAAAGUAGAUAAUUAAGGCCCCAAAGGAGGGUGUGACAUUUUCCCCUAACUUGGUGGCCGGCAAUUCUCUUGUAUCAUUCGGUUCCAUUCCAAUCCAAAACAUUUGUUUACUUUCACACAGAUGGCAGUAAUGUCCCCAGCAGGGAAGAAGAAUGAUCAAAUUUCCUGAAUUAUCCCUUGUUUGGACUUCAGACAAGUGUGUUUAAAUACAAAAUAAUUACAGGCCAUGAUGACAACAAUUAAAACUGUGUUUGCCCUAUAUAAGUAUGUUUGAAUUCCAGUGUAACAUUUUAUACCAAGAUCAGUUAACACUUUCAGAUAGAAAUCUUUCUGUGCAAAGAGCAAAAUGUGACUUCAACUAGUAUUUAUGGCCUUUGGAAUCUAAAGAAAAAAGGAAGACUAAUUCAUGCGUUUGUUCACGAUUCUUUCCUACUGAAGACAUUAAGCAGUUUUUCCUAACCAUAACAAAAACACAGCCAGUCUUAACCUUUGAAAUUUUUCACCUUGUAAUCAAAGUAAUUUAAUUAAUGAUCUUAAA